GAGAAAGAGGGAAUCAACAGAAGAAAGGCGAAGUCUUCAUUAGAUAGGGAAGGAAAAGCGAAGAAGAGAAAGGCAAAGAAGGUCUGUUUAGCAACCGUCGGUGCGAGGCUCCUCCUGGCCUUGAAAGUGGGCUGAUCAAUCAACUUCCGUUGGGAGGCCGCAGAACUGAACUGGGAAAGGGUGGCAGCGGGGUGUGUUAAGGACGGAACGAGCGAGUGGGCGGCAGGAAGAAGCACCAAAGUCAUUCAGGCUUGUCUCACCGAGAGACGGCAGAGGUGGGACUGGCAGGGCGGGGCCUGGGUCGGCUCCAGAGCCAUAAAUAGGGCCCAUCCGGCUCUUCGCCCGUAAGACCGCACAGUAUUCCUAACAGCGGCGGCGCAUCGCAGAGCGGGCGGGCGAGCGGGCGAGGCGAGAGACCCCGGGUGGAAGGAAGGCGAGCGUCGUCUUGGCCUUGGCUCAUCCCCCAGCCGGGCGUGGCGCUGCGGAGGCUCCGGAAGCAGCGUUAGCGGGCAGCGAGCGUCGGCCGGGCAGCUGCAGGAUGAAGGGGCCGGUGGCGGCACCCGUGGCGGCGUCGGAGGUGAUCCGCGAGGGCGAGCUGGAGAAGCGGAGCGACAGCCUCUUCCAGCUGUGGAAGAAGAAGCUGGUAGUGCUGAGCAAGGACAGCCUGAGCCUCUUCUCGCCCGAGGGCGGCGGCGGCAAGGCCCGCGCCAAGGAGCUGCGCUUCGGCUCCAUCCAGAAGGUGGACUGCGUGGAGCGGACCGGCAAGUACGUCUACUUCACCGUCGUCACGACGGACCGCAAGGAGAUCGACUUUCGGUGCCCGGGCGAGAGCUGCUGGAACGCCUCCAUCACCAUGGCCCUCAUCGACUUCCAGAACAAGCGCGCCAUCCAGGACUUCAAGAGCCGGCAGGAGGCCGCCGAGCAGGCGGCCGCCACCACCCGCGACAGGCGCCUCGCCCGGGCCCCCUGACCCACGCCGCCCCGGAAUCCCGCCGGCGGCCCGGCCCGGCCCUAACCUACCAAAGCAGACUGUACCUCUGGAUAACAAACAUGUUCAGUUCUCUUGGACUGAACCAGAACAGGAGGACACCAAUGAAGGAAAGCAAAGAAGGAUGCUAGAAAUACCUGGUUUCUUCCAGGUCUAAUGAGGUGGCUGAGCAAAAAGGCCAACCUGUUCCCUCAGAGGCAUUUACAAACCAAAGACUUUAUUAUUAUUAUUGUUAUUAUUAUUAUUAUUGAAGAAAAGACAAGGCAAAGUAUGGCUGCAUGUGCAGGAUGCCUAGUAGCUUUGCAAAAUGUUGGGGAUUUUUUCUAUUUAUGAGAUGCAAAGAAUAUGCAAUACCUGCUGAUGCAAAACCAAUUUAAAUUAUUUGUAAUAUCUGUAUUUGUAUUUAUUUUGAUACAUAUCCUUAAGCACGUUUGUCUUAAAAUUGCUUCUGUCAUUUAAAUGUGUCCAUUCCAAAUUAAAUGCUUUUUUUAUUACUACA